UAUACAAAUAAAUUCAAUAAAAUGACAACAAWAUGCAUCGGAUAACAUAAAUCAUGACGAAACCGGAAACUUCAACAGCAGCGACAGGGCGCAAGAAUACUCGUAGCAGCAAMAGAGGAGCAGAUGUUGCAGCAAAAAGUGCCGCCAGCAAAAAAACAUCCGGCASGGGCCAAACACCACCCGUAGCUUUUGAGGCUCCUUCCCACGUCUUGUUCUCUGGAAUUAUUCCUCCCAGGGCAACGGUGUCGGAGCCGCUGGCAUUGCCAUCCACCGCGAACCUAAAACCACCUCCAAAGCUGCGCUUUACGAUCGAUCCCCGCAUCGAGAAAGACUACGUUUCCAAACGAAAACGGGCCUACGACGGCAUAGAUCUUUCCACCGGGGCUUCUCUGUCGGAUUCUUCUGUUUCUACCGCCACCAAUCCCUGGGAGGGGGUGGCGAGGGUGGAACGGGACCUCGUUUCCUGCUGCGAGCCACUCGGGAGGGACUAUUUCUUGAGGCAACGCGACAACCACGACAGCGACGAAGAGGAAGACAGCGACGACGACGGCGCCAASGACGAGAACGAUGCUGGUCCGCACCCGCAWACCGCCGAGCAGCAUUCGCACCUGCACGAACUCUCGGCCUUUGCGGUGGGGGGAGAUCCCGAGGAUUUAGGGGGAGUGCUGGCAAGGGARAAAGGUACGGRCCAAUGCAUGAAUGAAAAAAUGAAUGAAUGCAUCCAUCGAUGGUACAUGGAAACCUUGGAUGCAUCUAGAACCUGUCUUUUGGCAUACCAUAGGAACCAAAUGGUCAGAGGGUUCUGCUSUUUUCAAUACGCAAUAAAUCUACCCAUUUCUAUUUGUCUCACUGAUUUUCGUUUUCGUUUUCGUUUCCGUUUCCGUUUCAAUUCUAUUCUAUUCCAUUGUGUCGCAUCAAAUUUUUGGCCGGCUCACCGGAAUGGCAUUGCCGCUUCAUUUCUGCCUUCUCCAAAUCCUACACUUAAUCCUUGCUUAUUCUGUGGCCACAAUGGUAUUUGUAUCCAGAAAUUGCCUUUGCCGCAAUUUUAUCGCGGAGCUGCCAUACCAUGRCUUCGAAGAGUUUGGCACUUGCUAUAUUGGAACGAACGCUAGGAGCCUACCUGGCAGAAGAAGCUAGCACGGGGAACCAGAACCAAAACUCACAAAAGGACAACAWYRCAAACGACGAAACCCGCGAUUCCGAAAAUCGAAAAGAURCUGCUGCUGCUGGUGCCAACACCGACACGAACAGUCCAGCCGGCGCCGGCAAAGAAGAUGCCACCGAACAAUCCGAACAGUCCACCAGGUAUCAAAAUCGGAGGAAGCGCCGCCGAUUGCUAGACGGCAGCAAAGAAGAAUCCGGCGGGGGGAACGAUAUAGUCUCUGGCAAUGCGACUACUACUGCGAGUGGUGAAAGGGAAAACAAUGGCAAGAACGGGGACGGCGGGGAUGCUUCCUUGUCUAGACAGGUUGCCGAUAGCAGUGCGAAUAGCAAAAACAACAACAACAACGACGACGACAACAACAAUACUGCGAAUGGAGAACCACCAUUUUCAAAACAACCGCAAARUCGUGGUCGCCUGGAACUAUUCUUUGCAGCGGGAGGACUCCGAAUUUUGAACCAAUGGCUCAAAGAGGCCAUUUCCUACGAGACGAAAACAACGCCAACAGCAACCAAGGUAUCUGGCCCUCGCGCGGCCGCUGCGUCAACGACGACGGCAGCAACGACAGACACGAAUGUCCCCAUUCGAAAGGCCAGCGCCACUCGCCCACUUACCCUGGUCAUUCUUCGUUUCCUGGAGCACAUACCCUUUGAAAAGAAAACGGUGACGAGGAGCAAAAUCAACAAGCAGAUACAAAACCUCGCCAAGAAAAUCGAAUCCAUUCAAGAACAACUCCACAAGCACCAAGCCAGCGGAAAUGUGGACGUCGAUCCUAACCUYCAAGAGGACCUGAAAGACUGGACGACACAGCCAUCCAUCCCGCCGGAAACCGCACUCGCCCAGGUCAAGCUUGCCGUCGAUGCCGUCAAGACGUCCUGGAGGAACAAGGCAAAGGCAAAGAGCAAGUCGGGAAAAGGCGCCAAAAAAGCCAACGCCGACCCGUUCGGUGACAUGAGAUCCACGAUCCGGGAACGGUUGCAAGCAAUGGUCCUGUUCAAGAGCGGGGCACUCYCGGAACGGCCCGAAUGGUACAAUCCUUCGGCGGUGGCCGCCGGCACGAAGAAACGGCCUCGAUCGCCGGAGGCCGGCGGGUCACAGAGCAAGCGGCAACCAAAGACCGAGUCGGAAGCCGAACGGCUCCGGCUGCAACAGAAAAUCAAGCAGGCCCAGUCGCGCAAGCAAAAAAGUCUGCAACAGCUCCGGGAACGGCUCCGCCAACGAAAAACGGCAACGGGCCUCGCCACCAGGAGCACGGUGUUGGUGCCCGCCCCCUUCGGGAACGGAAGCCAGAAACGGGUGGUCUGGAAAGACGGGAUGAAGAGCCAGGCAGCUCGGAACAGAAGCAAACUGGAGGAGGUCUUAAUAUUUCGAUCCGAAGACACACCAUCGGUGGUGGGGUCUUCUUCUGGUACAAACGCUCCAYCUCCGUAGCUAGAUCCACUGGCUGCUACGAACGGAAAGAAGGGACURGGAUUGWAAUUUCGUAAGCAUCAUGCGUUURCUGCACACCACUACAUUCGACAAAUUUGCCGAAAUAGACCAACGAACGAAAUAUAAUUUAGAAUUUUGA